CUGGGUUAUUUAUAGGUUAAGCUAGAUAAGUAGCCUCGGGCCCAGUCUCCCAAUAUAGUACAGUGAAUUAAAUUAAUUAUUAGUCUAGAAGAGAGUGUAUUUUAAAAACACUUAAAAAUUCAUAUAAUAUGCUGAGCUAAUUAGAAGGUAGAGAAUCAAGGUUAACCUUAAAUUCAGCUAGAGUUUUGGUGUAACCUAACCAUGUCAGGAGAUGUUCAACCAAGAAAAAGGAAAGAUAAGCGUAAAAAGAAAGGUUCUAUGGACGCACGCCGUUCUGAAGAAUAUCAAGAAGAAAGUGCUUUGUUUCGGCGGCAGAGCUCGGCACUUUCAGAUGAAGAAGAGUUGGUUCAUAACUCAAACUCAAGUUCGGACGAAGUGAUUCAUGUUUAUAAAGAAAGCAAACUCGGAGGAAACAUAUUUGCAAAAAUUGUGUUUUUUGGAUUAUUGGGGGCCUUGGGAGUCAUGGUCGGUCUUAUUAUCUUUGAAUAUCAUGGAACAAGCGAAGUGGAUACGACAUCAGCAGCAGAUUCUCCUUGGUCGUUGAUGCUAGAAGGAUGGGUGGACAACUCGCCUGACGAUCACGGGGACGAGCAUGGAGGCGAGCAUGACGAGCAUGAUGAACACGACGAGCAUGAUGACCAUGAUCACGACGAACAUGAUGAGCAUGAUGACGAGGACGAAGACGACAAAUUUGAUAAGAGGAGUAAGUUGAAGGAAAAGUUAAAAUUUAUGUUUAGUAAAAAAGACACUCCACUAAAGAAGCAAAAUAAUAGAAUUUUGAAUAUUAACUAUUUGACAAGAUUCCACAAAAAGUAUAGUAGAAUGGACUUGGAUGACGAAGAAGAAGAAAAGGGAUACAAGAAAACUAAAUUCAAAAAGCAGGAGGAAGAUGAAGAUGAGACAGACAAUGAUGAAGAUAAUGAUGGUGAUGAAGAGAACGAUGAAGAUGAAAAGGAGGAUGAUGAUGAAGAAGGGGAGGUGGAGGAGGAGGACAGUGAAGAAGAAGAAGAAGAAGAAGAGGAGGAGGAGGAGGAUGAUAAUGAAGAAGAAGAAGAGGAGGAGGAUGAUGAUAAUGAAGAAGAAGAAGAGGAGGAUGAUGAUAAUGAAGAAGUAGAAGAAGAAGAGGAGGAACAAGGUGAGGAUGAUGUUGAUGACGAUGAGGAAGAACAUGAAGUAGAAGAUGAGGAGGAAGAAGAGGAGGAAGAAGAAGAGGAGGAGGAAGAAGAGGUAGAAGAAGAGGAGGAGGAGGAAGAGAUAGAAGAAGAAAAUGAAGAUGAAGAGGAAGAAGAGGUGGAGGAAGAAGAAGAAGAAGGGAAUAAGAUCAAUGAAGAUGAGGAAGAUGAUGAUGAAGAGGAAGAAGAUGAGGAAGAGGAUGAUAAGAAAUCUGUCUUGUUUGCUAAAAGAAUCAAACAUGAUGAAGAUGAAAAUGAUGAUGAUGAUGAUGAUGAUGACGACGACGUAAAGAAAAUAAAGUCCUGGACGAAGGGAAAAAUCAGAACUAAAAAAACAAUUGAGGAAGAUCCUAAAGUAGCUUUGAAGAAAAAAUAUUUAAACGAUUUAAUGGAGAAACUUAAAAAAGAAGAUAUUAGUAAGAAAAUAGAAAAAUCUGCUUAUAUUCCUCGUAAAAAGAAGGAUAUUGAAGAAGAUGAUGAUAUAGAUGAAAAGGAGACAGACGGAGAGGAUGACGAGGAAACUGAGGAUUUUACCCAAAAUGAUGAUGAUAAUCAGGACGGUUUUGAAGAUGUGGAAGAAGAUGAGACUUCUGGAGUGGCGUUGAAGUUUGGUGUCGGAGUAGCUUUAGUUUUUGUCGCUCAUGUUGUACUGAUAAGAAAGUGGAGCAAAGGGGAUGCAGCUCAAGCAGUAGAAGAGGAAGGGAAUGAGAGUGCUGAGGUUCCGCCCACAUAUGUGGAGAGACGACAAACGUUGAUCCCUACCAAGAUCAUGGAGGACAUCCCACCUUACUUGAGACCUGAGGAUAACGAGUAUUCCGAAGGUGAACCAGACCAUGAAGAAGAGACUGAAGAGGAAACGGAAGACGAAUCUUACAAAAAGGAAACUUUCGAAGAGCUAAGAGCGGCCUACACCCAGGCGCCUGUUGAGGAAGGGGAGAGCGAUCCUGAUAUAACAGAAGAUAGUCUUAUCAAGUCCACAGAAUACGAACCUUCAGAGAGUGAACCGGAGGCCAGUGAGCCUGAAGAGGAUGAAGAAGAUGAUCUUAUGGAGGAUGAGCCUGUUCCCCAAUGGAAGAGCGAGAGUGGGCCCGAGCUGCUAAGAGAGGAAGUGGAGGAGGUACAGACAGAAGAGGAGGAAACUGAGGAAGAGUCAGAGGAGGAGAGCCCUCCAACAUCAGGAGGACCCAAGUCCGCUGAGGUGCAGGAAGAGCAAGAGAGUCGAGACUUUGUGGAUGAAUCUGUUCCUGAGCCUGUUGUAAACACAGAACCUGAAAAAAACGAGCCACAACAAAAGGAUGAGAGUGCUGAGUAUGAGAAGGCUGAUAUCACCAACCCUGGGGACUGGGAGAUCCGAGAACAGCUGGACGAGGCUGACCAAGAUCUGGACGAGGGGCACCCUAGCUCUGCCCUCUCCCGGUACUCUGCCCUUCUCUCCACCCACCCCCUCUCAGCAAGAGCGCUCCACGGCAAGGCUCGGGCGCUCGACGCUCUGGCAGAGGCUCGACGCAGCAACUCUCUGCUGGAGCAGGCCAUAGCAGCGUAUUCUGUGGCUCUCAAGGCUACCAACCUACCAGACGAGCUGCUCCUCAGGGUGGCCAACCGCACCAUCGAUCGGAUGAGGUUCAAAGGAUUGCACCUCAAGGCUGUUGAAGUACACAAUCUCCUGCUAGAGAGGUUUCCAACCAACAUCACUCACCAUAUAGACCUGGCCAUCACCUAUCUGAUGAUCAACAGACUAGACAAGGCUCGCAGUGUGUUGGAGUCUGCACAUGACAAGUGGCCAACAGAUGUAGUGUGUAGAGGCUACCUGGGCCUAACUCUCAAGCUUCAAGGUAACCAUGAGCCAGCAGUCCCUCAUUUGUUGGCUGCCGUCGUAUCUGAUCACCCUCUCACUGUCAACAGUCACUUCUACUUCCACCUGGGCGACAUACUGCAGCGCAAGGGCGACAACAACAAGGCGAUGCAGAUAUACAGGAAAGGAGUAGAAAAAAAGAUUUUCCGCUCACAAUAUCAACGGUCUCUGUACAACGUGGAUAGACUCAAGGCACAACCCUGGUGGUCUUUGGACCAGACAACUUACAGUUCCUUCUUUAGGAAACUAGAGGCAAACUGGAAGAUAAUCAGAGAUGAAGGUUUGAAGGCUUACAGUGAGCGGAAGGGGUUUUUAGAUGAAGCUGAAAGCCUACGAGAUGUUGGUGAUUGGAAACAGUUUGAACUUUAUGCUCGUGGUCAGAAGUACACGGCCAACUGUCGCAAGACUCCAGUGACGUGUGGCCUGGUGGACGAGACCCCCGCGGCACGUGGUUGUCGCAGAGGCCAAGUCAAGUUUAGCGUAAUGACGGGAGGCACACAUGUGUGGCCUCAUUGCGGACCAACCAACUGUAGACUGAGAGCUCAUCUGGGUCUGGUGGUACCUCCGGGCACGGCCAUCCGUGUGGCUACUGAGACCAGGUCUUGGGAAGAAGGUAAAGUGAUGGUGUUUGACGACAGUUUUGAACAUGAGGUUUGGCACAAUGGAACCUCGGCCCGUCUAGUCCUUAUUGUCGAUGUCUGGCAUCCGGAGUUGACUACUACUGAGAGAUCAACACUGAACGCCAUCUAAAACUCUCAACUAGUUUUAUUUGUGAAAUUUGCAUUUUUGAACACAUAACAUUAUUGUAGAUAAUUUUAUACCAAAAACUACCAAAUGUACUUAAGGUUGUAAUCUCAAAAACUAUUUUAUAAAAAUAUAUACUUUUAUAUACUAGACACUUUUUUAAUGUCAUAUAAUUAGUUUCUUAUCUUGCCUUAGUUAAAUCUGUUGUGUACUUUUCUGUAGGAAUACUCGUAGCGCUCUCUUUGUUCUUUUAUUGUUUUGUUGAUAAAACCUUUCCUGUGCCUUAUGUCCUCAUAUUUAUUUUGUUGAUCCUUUUUAUAUAAAAAAUUUUGACAUGUUAA